AGCGUCAAUAGAAACCCCUUGUUUCCGAUCAUGCCUUCUUUCAGGCAACGGCUAUUUCUUCGCAAACAUGCCACUCGCAAAAGACUUGUUGCACCCAUCCCCUGAGGAGGAGAAGAGGAGCCACAAGAAGAAGCGUCUUGUCCAGAGCCCAAACUCCUACUUCAUGGAUGUUAAGUGCCCAGGAUGCUACAAGAUCACAACGGUGUUCAGCCACGCCCAGACUGUUGUGCUGUGUGUGGGUUGCUCCACAGUUCUGUGUCAGCCCACUGGAGGCAAAGCACGUCUCACAGAGGGGUGCUCAUUCAGGAGGAAGCAGCAUUAGUUGUACUUCUGAUGCCCCCGUAAAAAUGUAAGAGAAGAGGGGUUGGACAUGUUGAUUUCAGCAACUCCAGCCUCGAUACAGCACCCAAGAAAGAUUGAUCCAGAAGUGCUCAUGACGCCUGGACACCAGAUGGGAUUACUCAUUCAAUGUGAUAGUCCACUUUGUUGCAGUAACUGAACUCUUCAACCAAUCUUUUUUAAUACAAUUGUUUUGGCUAAAGAAUGGGUGGUUUGUACUUUUUUGUUUCCUUUUCAAUAUUUGCCAAUUGUACGUUCUCACCUGAAUUUUGUACAUUUUCAGUUUUCAUUACCUUUUCCGGAUUAACUUCUCGUCAUUUAAUAUAAUUUUACUUUAGAAAAACGUAAUUUCUUUGAAUAAAACUGCUGUAGUUUGUCCAUAAAUAACAAAACGAUCAAAUAUAAGUAUACAUUAAACGAUAAUAUGUCUGUCAACAUGCAUCUCACUUUGGAGUUUUUACAGGAAGUUUAAAAUCAGUUAAGUGUUUAUUCACAUAUGAUGCAUGAUCAAGAGGAGUAGUCCUUAGAUGAGCACAAGUACAUGUAUUUGCUUGAACGCCUUCAGAAUGAGGUUCUUAUUCUCAAACAAUCCCUUUAACCAAUUUGGCCUUCUCAAUACCGACACGGCAAGAAAAGCUCCAAUUGGGAAAGAGAUGUGAAUUUUAUUGUGUAAUUUAAAUUUCGAUAUUUGUAUUUUCAGUUUAAUUCUGGCCUUUUCACAGGGGGAACAAUGUUCUAUCGGAAAUGGAUUUGUUUACUUUUAUUGGACAAACUGUUGCGGUAAUGAGAAUGUUGUGGAGAUUGUCAACUGCAUAAUCUUAUAAAGGAAAUGGGCAAGUACA